GUGCAGUCUUGUUUUCUUCAAACUAACUUUCGCACCUAGCUUUUGCAGUUCUGGCGUCAAACUCAAUAAUCAGCACAUGGAAAUAUGAAAGAUAGUUACCGCACACCAAGAAAAUGACGCGAGGAUGCGUUCCAGAGGUCGCCUUAGGAAAGCAAGGACACGGGUCGUCUCUGCUCUCGACCUGGUCCUGUCUUCCUGGAGCCUGCUAUCAUCGACGCGCGGCCCCCGAGUAUCCCACUGAAAUGAGCUAGCGCUUGUCAUGCAAAAGGAAACUACGAAUCAGAAUAUUUCCUGAAACAAGUAGACAAAUUCUCGUCACCAUUUUUGCAAAGUACAGAUGUGAUGCGCUAGCUCUUUUCUAUCGGAUAUCAAGGCAGCAUUGGCAAUGGUGUUGCACUCAUCGCAGCGCAUCAGCUAAAGCCCGGGGCUGAAAAUGAGGCCGGGGGUGUUCCUGGGAUUACGCCCGGUGGAGGUGCUGUCCAGCAUGCCGCAUCCUCAAGGGAGAGAAGCAAGGACGACAGGGAAGAGCGCUCAGGUAGUACAAUUGCUUGGCUUGUUUUAGUUGCGGUUUCUGGCAGUCUUCACUUUUGUAUAAUGAAUAAAUUGAAAGAGCGCAAGUGCGCUGAUUCGACAAACAAAAAUCGUGCGAAAGAACCUCUACAACCACGACCACAUUUUCUCUACUCAGGCUCUAUCAGCGCCAGCUCCUCUUUAUCCUCCCUGGUCGACGAUUUAACACCCAGCCUGGACGUGGAGGAUAUAUGCAUUGCAAAAGGAAAGGUCUCGUACUCGUUUACCGGAUGCGCACGACAAUUUUUUUCAGCGUGAAAUACAGUGGGAUUUGUAGUGCUGAUUUCCGGAGGCUGAGUGCUGAUUCAACUCAGGAAAGGGUAAAAGGGAUGUGUCAUGCAUAAUGGAAAUUGCCAAUUAUACCUAGUCUACGGUAGUACAACUUUUGCAGUGGAUAGGAUGCUGCUGUGCUCAAAAAUGCGGUUUCCGAGACGGAACUGCAGACCUACAGCAACGCCCAGCUCGAGAAGCUGGCCGCGGCAAAAUCCGCAAUGCUGGAUGAUAGCUCGUUGGAGAAGAGCUCGUCGCAGUUCAUGCACUCGCUGCAGAAAGCAGAGCACAGGCUGAUGAAGGAUCAUGCGGCGGAGGGGCGUAGUGGUAAUGGUUUGAUUUCAUUUUUAAAUUUAACUAUGAGAUGUCUACGACGUCAUACCAUCGUGCAUGAUGUUAUACCCCAGCGUAUCAUCUUCGUUGCAUUCUGUUGCCCUUCAUAGCAUGGUGAGUAAAGUUCUGCAGCUUGGUAUAAUGCAAAUGCAGUUGGAACCGCGAGAAUACUCACAGGCACCCGGCCAUCCGCAGGCGAUUCUUCGUUGUCCGCAAUGGAUCAAGCACCUUCUGCAGCCUCGUCAAGAAAAACCAAUCCAGCAUCUACAGUUGAAGCCAGCAAGGAUGAGUUGUCUACGAGCUUAGUGGAAAGCGAGCAGCGCAAGAUUCUUGAAACAGCGGCGUCCGCAUCAGAAGCCAAUCGAGGGACGAAGCAAAACUCCGCGAAGAAGAGCAGUGAGAAUGUGGAUGCCGCUUUCCAGAAAACGUCAACCGAGUCGGCCGCGUUGCAAAGUCUGUCGAAGCUCUCCACAGAAGAGCUCGAGAACAUCGCUGCGCUAGAUAUGCUAUCAACUGCAAAUACGAUAGUACCUGGGGUGGAAAAUAUUGUGCAUGGCAAAUCUACAUUCUCAUUUCAUCACAAGGUUUACUCAGAUCAGGCACAGUAUUUGCAAAUUGAUAUGACUCAGCAGAAUCCCAGCGCCAAGAGCGAGCGGCUAGGAACCGAAGGAUUGCAGCGGCGGAGACGAGCAACAAGGAAGAUCUCAACGCAGUCGGGGUGGAGGGGAUGUAUGUAUCGUGUGCAAAAGUACUAGUGGUGCUAUCGUGCCGCUCUUCCCCGUUCCCGUUGUCUUAAAUUGCAUGACUGGACGUGGUGGACGAGGAACCCGCUGUGUCCCUACUUCGUAUUUUUUUCACAAUCGCAAGUUCCUCCAGCACCCUGAUCGAAGGAAGUUUAGAAUUAGAACGCCAGGAGCUGCGUGACCGUGUAACAACUGCCUUCUACUUUUGCCCUGCAUAACCUCCAGGCGAGGAGGAGAACCUCGGUCUUGGUGAGGGUGCAUCAGAUGAGAACACUAUGACUUACGACGAGGAGAACAACAUGCCGCUUAUCCAAGAUGGAGACUAUAGCAUGGAUGGCGAGCCGUUCGUGGCGAAAACCACUUCGUUCGCGAUUAGUACAGGGCCAACGGUAAAUGGCGCAGCGAACAAUCUGAACAGUCAAAACGAUGCAACUACUGCGACAUCAAAGACUGUAUCGCUUUCGCUGGAACACGUCGGGACGGAAGGGGAGACGAAAGCAGACAAGGAAGCUGCCUACUACAUUAAAAAACAGAACGAAGUUGAGGAGCAGGACGCGGCGCACCUGUUAUGCAUUCCAAAUAUGUCUGGGUGUGGAAGGAUGCAAUUUGGCAUGCGGUCUUUGGAUUCUAAAAACAUCUGUAUUGCGUGACCAGCAGGAGGAGUCCAGUUUGCGCUACGCGGAUAGGGCAUUUCUCAUGCGGAGUAGACAUCAGGAAGCCCUCCAAAAAUCUGUGAUGCUAAGUAAUGCAUUACAGGCAUCAUGGGUCAUGCCAAAUAUGCAUGACAAACCUGGCAAUCGCAAUCUUCCAGACCCAGACACUUUUGCAGUUGAUACCUGUACGUCGAGGACCAGAUUGUGCGGGAGGCGGACUUGAUCACGACAAACAUCGAAACCUUCAAAGCGGAUGAGGUGCAGCUGCAGAAUCAAGGAAACAUAGCGCAGUACGACGACGAGUACGGCUAUACGACGGUGAGCUCCUCCACAACGUGCAUUUGCUACCUGGUCUACACUAACGGCACUCAGAUUCAGCUGAACAGCAAGUUUUCGUGCACCUCCAUGACGUCGACCACCACGACGACAACAACGAGCACGACGACAACGACGACCACGACGACAACGACAACCACAACAACGCUGCCCAGCAUGUCGCGCGCGUACCAGUUGUCGCUCAACAUUCCGGCUGCAGAGACCGCGGGUUCCGUGGCGGGGAUGACGAACGUGCAGGACGCGGUCAAGAACGGGACCUGGUUUUAUUUAAACAGCGACACCUCCUGCACCUUGACCUUGAACGACAUCACCAGUCUCUCCCUCGACCCUGUGGACGCGUCGGCGAUUGGGAAUCCGGUCACCGUCAACGUGACGUACACAGCCCAGGUUCCCGCUGGCCAGCAGUUGACGGACUUUGAGGCUAGGUGGCCGGACGGCAGUUUGUCCGACACGGGCAAGGACGACUAUCCGCGGAGAGGAAAAAGCUUUGAGGUCAAGUCUGUCUCCUAGUGAUAGAGAUAGUGCAAUAGCAAUUACAACUCUCGUGGUCUUAUGCUCCUUUAAUAGCACCUGCUUGCAAGUGAACGACUCCAGGAGCUCCAGGCCAUCAUCAAGGUGACCUUCGUAUCAUGGGACGAACCGACGCGACUAUUACUACCAUGAUCUUGAUCUGAUGCAGGUGGAUCCCAUGUCGACUGCAGCUCGUUUGCCUGAUUUGAGCGUGUAAGGAAUUCACCUGAACACCAGGCCCGCGACCUCAUCCAUGAUUCUUUUUCCUAGUAGCCCUAGCUGUUGCAGUAAGUAGUUGAAGAGUGAUUUGAUUAUACAUUACUUUGCUUUGGCGCUGACGUGGGGCAACGACCAAGGACGCGUGUACGGAAUUUUCCGAAGCAGGACUUGCUUGUGCACUGCGGGACCAUAGCACAGUGGAAGAGGACGAGUGAUCUGCGACGAGGAGCAGCCAAACACACUGAAAACGCACCUGAAGGAAGAAAUGGCCGCAAGGCAUUUGUGGCAGCAGCUCCCCGGAAUGCUACUUCAAGGAGUUUUCCCGUCCGGGGCUUCAGCUUUCGUCCCAGCAGCGCGAAAAUCUUAACGGAAAUCCCUUUUUGAUCCGGAUGCUUUUCAUCUCUUCCAAAGUUUAAAAAUUUCAGCUUCUUCCCCAAGACUUGACUCUUGAAGGCUUUUUCCUUUCGAUGCUUUGCUGAGACAGUAUGUGAACGAUUCUAUCAUCGUGACAGGGAUUGCAGAUCUCUCCCUGGAAGGGUCAGUGACGCCCACACAGUCCCCCACGACAACGACAACCACCACGACGACGACGACCAGCACAACGACAACGACGACGACCAGCACCACGACGACGAGCGUCACGGCGACCAACACGACGACGUCAACUACGACAACGUCAACUACGACAACCACAACGGCUGUGCCGACGGUCUCCCGGGCCUAUCAAUUGAACUUCACUGUGCCAAGUACUGAGACAGCAGCGUCUGUUAUGGCGAGAAAAUAAACUGGGUUGGUGUGAGUUUUGUGGACUGGCGGCAUGGCGUGUGCUUAAAAUCCUGCCUUGCAAAGCUCGUAGUAUGAAGUGAGUACACAACAUAUGAAAAAAGGUAACUAAAGGACUGCUGGCAUGACAAGCGCUCGCUGUGUUACAUGCUUGUUCAAAUUGUAACCUUACAUCAGCGCAGUUCUUUUUUUCGGUGGAUACGCAUUGCAGGGAUGCAGAAGCUUGUUGACGCUGUGAAGAACGGAACCUGGUUCUAUUUCGAUCAAGACUCGGAUUUAUGAGUUGGAAAAAAUCACGACCCGUGUGUUUGUUGUAAAAAUGCGGAAUCGCUAGGGCUAGUGCGCUUUCAUGAGUGUUUAUGUUAUGUGUUCCAGCAAAGUCCACGUGACGGCAAAUGAAAAACAACCCGCAGGGUCGUGAUCAUAUCUAGCUGUGCAUACUGGAUCACCGAUUUGUACAUCGAGAAUAUCACCUCGCUGACCAUUGCCGAGGCGAGUUCUGGGGGCGGAGCGAAUUACAGCUUAUUCGAUAUCAGCUACACGGCUACCGUGAACGGGAACGACACCGUGGAUGAGUUUGAGGCCCGGUGGCCCGAUCCCAACCUGUCCACCGUGGAGAAAAUUUUGCUGAAAAGGUACGUGAACGACAGCGUCCUAGUUGCCGCGAUUCCCGGCGUGGAACUUGGCACGGGUGACGUCACGGCGCUGCCCAGUCCAACGACUACUACCACCACGACAUCGACGAGCACCACGACAACCACAACGACAAACACGACGACGAGCACAACGACGACCACCACGACUAGCACAAGUACUACAACGUCGACGAACACUUAUCCAGUGCAAAAGUACUCCUGUUGCUCUCCUACAGCGGAUCGCAGUCAUGCAAGGCAAAUUUCCUUUCCGAGCCAAAUCAGCAAGACAAGUCCAUUUGUCAUGCUGAUGCUAAGAUAAAUUUGUAUUGCGUGUACCUACGACCAACUGCGAUGCUUUUGCAAUUCAUAACACUACCACGAGUACAACGACGACCACGACUACGAGUACGACGAUUAUCCUGAUGGGAAAGUCACAAUCUAAUGACAUUGUCAAGAGCGACCACUUCAAUUUGCCAUGCACGUAAAAAGGGUAGUACAGGUUACAGAUUGACACUUGCGAAUGUGCCUGUUGAAAAGUCCGUCCUCCCUGUCACAGUGAUUGACAGAGAAGAUGGUUGUGGUUUCCUCCAGCAUACUCACGACGACCUCGACAAACACAACAACGACGACAUCGACGUAUGAGAGUGCACAAAUCCCCCUCCCCGUCAUUUGUCAUGCAAAAUACAAUUUCGUCCCCUUUCCCUUAAGCACUUCUUGCAUGACAGAUUCCGGAAUCUGAAACAGCCCUAGAAUCGGUCGCGAAUGUGUCAUGCAAAAGCUGCAUUUAUGCCACCCAGCACUUGUGUUGCUGCUUCUGCCCUUCAAAUGAGGGAUUUGUGCUCUGUCAUACGACGACAACGUCGACUACCACGACGACAAACACCACGUCGACGACUACAACGACGACCACAUCGACCAACACUACAACGACCACAUCAACCACCUCCACGUCUACCAGCACGACCGGGUCCUCGACCACUACCGCCACGACUGCUUCCAGUGGUGGUCCUGUCAUCUCCGUGGUUGCCCCGGCAGAGUGGAAAGAGACCCUUUUGCUGCACAACCUGUUCCGGUGUCUGCACAACGUCCCGCCGCUCAUCUGGAACAGUGAGUUGGCUACGAACAGCGCGCAGCAUUCGCAGUGCGACGUGGCGGCGAACACCAUGUGCAGCUUUCCGGCGUCGGACCAAUACCAUUCGCCGACGAGCACGCGAAGCAACAAAUUCGGCUUCACGAGUACCUUCGGCGAGAACAUAG